AUGUCUUGCGAUGACAACAGGCGCUUAAGCGUUAUCAAUGGACAUAUUGCUUUUCAAGCUCGGGAUGUGUCUAAGGAUGAAGACGCCCAGACAGUAGCAGAGUUCAAAUGCAACUGCCGAUAUCCCUGGCUAAGAGAGCUGCAUGGCCUUACAGCCUUUAUGAUGACUGAUGAUUUAUAUGUGAAGGCUUUCUAUUUCCUAAUUAUGUUUGUUUGCGCUGGAGUUUCUAUUGGAACUACUUCAUAUAUUAUGAAUAAAUACAACGAGCACCAAAGUACUACUCACAUAACGAUAGUUCCAACUAAACGUUUAGAGUUUCCUACCUUAACAUUCUGUCCCAAAGUUCCAGAUUGCAUAGACUAUGAACACGUUUAUAAAGAUGUUGAAAUGCACAUUGGAUUUUUGGACAGCAACGUUACUGAUGACUUGCUUCGUUUCAUGAUUGGUGGUUCAGGUUUCGAUAAUAUGGAUGUGGAUAUUUUUUCUUCUGAAUACAUAAGGGAGUUGGAUAAUUUAUACGGAAGAUGGAGAGGGAAUCGAACCAUUGUGGAACUUUUCCGGUUUGUUUUCGGAGAAAAUGGACUUAAAUGUGAUGAAUUUUUUGUUAGCUGUUAUGCGGGUUCACAAUUACUGGAUUGUUGUGAAAUAUUCGAGCCCCAGUAUGUUAUGUUGAGAGGAAGAUGUUUCCGAUUGAAGCCGCCUUACUACCAGAAUGAUAAUGACGAAACCGAUAAACUUUCGAUAUAUUUUAGGAAUCCAAGGAGCCUUUUGGUAAAUCAGACAUUGUCAAGGGUUGUCCUUUAUAUGGGAGAUGAGAACCCUGAGGUUUCACUAUAUCCACGACUUUAUUUGAACGAAAAUGAUUGGAACCGACUUCGUUUAGUUCAAAAGAAAAUAUCAAUGUUACCUGGAAGUAACGAUUGCUCAACUGACCCUGAUAAUCAAGGAAAGGGUACUUGUUUUGUAAGAAGUUGGCUCAAGAACGAAGUUAUUGGGACUGUGAACUGCUCAUUCCCGUAUUUUUACGACACACUGCCUUAUGUGAAAAAUAUACCUGUCUGUGAGCCAAAAGUCGUUGUGGAACAUUAUUUGAAGUUGAUGUCAACCGCAGUUGAGAACAGAUGUCAACCUGCAUGUGAAAGAGUUGAUAACAGCUGGACAAUCAUGAAUAGUAUUGACUACUCGCCCUCCACAAAUUAUAGUUUCCGCAUAGAAGCAUCUUUUAAUAACCUAGAGGUUGAACAUUAUGAUGAAGUACGAACCACCUCAGUAGUCGGCUUCAUAUCAGAAUUGGGAGGUCAAAGCGGUUUAUUCGUUGGCUGUUCUGUUAUCACAUUUGUACAGGUGAAUACUAAUUGA